AUGAAUGCAGUUAGAAAAUUCUUGGAGUACAAAGAAAAAGAGGAAAAAAAUGUCAAGAGAAAAAGUGUGGUCUCCUACGAUCGUGUCUGUUUCGUGAAUAUGCCUUCAUAUCUGCUCUAUUUUUUGUUGAUUUUAUUAUUAUCGUUUGGUGCUGCGUUGUCGCGACCGAAAAUGCAGCGAAUUACAAUCAAUCAUCAUGUUUGGGAAGUACCGAAUGAGCCGGGAUGGGAUGAGGUGGUCAAAGAUGUGGAAUUAGUGCAACAAUCGUUAAGUCAACAUCCCGUUUCACGAAAAUAUCUUGAAACGCAUUCGAACUCGGCGAAAAAUAUCUUAGCAUCUAUCUUUAAAUGGGGAUAA